CCCUGAUUGGACUGUGUGCUGACAGCACAGAGUUGGCUUGCGAUUCUUUCUCCCUCUGCCCCUCCCCCACUUGAGGGCGCUUAUGCCAGGAGGCAAUACACUUUCUCUCUCAUAAUAAAUAAACAUUUAAAAACCUGUUUAAAUAAAUAGAAAUCCUAUACCCGUUAGCCGUCAGUCUCCAUUUCCCCUCAAGUCUAAGCAAACACUAAUGUACUUUCUGUACAGAUUUGCCUAUUCUAAACAUUUCAUACAAACGGAAUCAUACAAUACUUGGCCUUUUAUUUCUGGCUUGCUUUACUUUGCAUAGUGUUUUCAAGGCUCAUCCAUGUUGCAGCAUGUAUUAGUACACCAUUCCUUUUAAAGGUCAAAUAACAUUCCAUUAUAGGGAUAUACCACGUUUUAUUUAUCCAUUUAUCACUUGUUUCCACUUUUGGGCUAUUAUGAGUAAUACCAUGAACAUUUUAUGUGUUAGUCUUCAUGUGAACAUAUGUUUUAAAACCCCUCAUUAUACGUGGCAGGGACUUGUUUGAUCAUAUAGUAAUCCCACCUUUGAGGUAGUCCCAGAAUGUUUUCCAAAUUGAUGACACCAUUUUGCAUUCCCAGCAGGAGAGUUCUCAGUAAACAAACAAACAAACAACCAACCAUGGACACCCUUGGUUGUGUUCAAAACCUUGGUUGUUGUUAAAACAAGAACUAGCAAAAGUUUGUUAUCUUUCUCCCUCUUUUUUGCCUUGCACCGAGGGAUACAUGGUGAUUUAAUUAAAGGAGGUGGAGGACGACCCGAUAAUCACCCUGGCUAAGCGUUGCGGGGGGCUUGGGGGGGGGGGGGCGGUCCCGGGCGGUCCCAGCAGCCCUCGCGCAACUAACGUCAGAGAGGUGAGCGCAUGCGCGUGAGGAUCACGUUGUGUGUUUGUCCUCAGGUGGCGCUCGCCUGGUUCAGCUCGCUCGGUGCGUGAGGAGAGGGUUCUAUGUGCUGCUGGGCAGGGGUUCCUCUCACUGGAGGCUGCUGAUGUGGGUGAGAGAGGUCGUGGAUCCCAGGGUGUGAGGCCAGAUUCGCUUUUAUCUGCUUUGUGAGGUGUUUUUCUGCUGACGCCGCAGGGGGAGAAGACCUGACCUCCUUUGCCUAUUCUAAGUGAACUAACCCUUGAGUUCUUUGGAGUAUGAGAACAUUUGUAGAAUUUUAUCCCCGUUCGUUUAUUUAAUGCUUUUUCACUGGCUUCCAUGUCGUGUCUCUACUUUUCCUUUCCAAAAAGUGCAUCCACUCCCAGGACUUCUGCUUUACACAGGUGAUACCCAGAGGUUUGUCGCUAGCUUUUUUUUUUUUUUUCCCCCCUAAACUGUUAAAGUCCAGGCCCUGAUUUACGUGGUCCUAGUGCUUAUAUAUAUCUGGGUGGCCUAAGAAGCCAUCAGAAUUAGAGCAUCUCACAUGAACUUUGCAUUACCAUUUUCCUGCUCUUUUUCGGGGUCCCGUAUUUCCGUUAGAGCAGCAUCAUCCACACCCAUUUUGAAAACUCACAGGCUGGUCGCCAUGAAAUCUUUAAAAGUCUAGAAUACAUCUGCUCCAGUUCAUUUCAUUCCUAAUGCCCUAGAUUGGGCCGUACAUCUCUUAGGACUAUAUCAGUAGCUAGAAACUGAUUAUCAUCUCUUCCUCUAUCCAACCCAUAUUCCACAAUAGCAGUAGGCACUGAUUACCAACACAAAAAUCUGACCAUAUUUUUCCCUGUUAAAAACUUAGAUGGAUUUUUUUUUUUUGCCUGUGUAAUCAUAACGGACUUCAAACAGUUAUAAUCUGAUUGAGACUCACCCAACCGUUUCAUUAUCAAUGGACUCUCUUCAUUCAGCCCCAGAAACCUUAUGUUCAGAUGAAGCACAGAUGAAAUGUUCUGAACACAACAUAUACUUUAAGAUCAUUGUGUUUAUGGCCACUGAGAAACUCUGAACUUUUCCCCCUAUAUAAUAGCAAAAGGACAGUCUCAAUUACUUUACUUUGGUAAGUGGCCUGAGUUCCAAGUAGUAGGGGUAUGGAUUCAGUAGUGUAGGUCUAUUAAUUAGGGUACCAGGGGGUUACCCCUGUCUUUGGAAAAGUCCUCCUGUCUUCACCUCUCCUCCAAUUAAAUCUUUAUCAAAUGCCACCUUUAAAGUAGAAUUCAUUGUUUUUUCCCUAUGACCCACUGUAUUAAAUCAAAAUGUCCUAUACCAAUAGAAAACAUUAUGACCCCUACACAAGGACGAUGCUGUUUUAGGAACUAUUUAAUACAUCAUGUUUCUUUUGUACUCCUUAGUACAUUAAUAUUUCUUUUAUAGCAAGUUUAUAGUAAGUUUUUUACAUGUCCAUCAUCCCUUUCUGUACUUUCUGAACAAUAGGAAUCAUAUUUUACUCAUCUUUGUAGCCCCAGUGCCUAUGACAGUCUAGUAUCUAAUAAAUACUAAAUGCCCAAUAAAUAUUUGAUGAUGAAUAGAUGUGAUGGUCAUCUGACUUCUCCAAAUUGGCAUCUCCUUGAUGGCAUGAUCUAAUCCUGAAUCAUUUUAUCCCUAGUACCUAAUACAAUUAUUGAUAUAUACUGUUCCAAUUGCUGAGUGCUAUCUUUAAAUGAAUUUUCCAAAUUCCAUUCUCAUUACCAAGGUUUAAUAUUUUAUGUUGGUUACUGAUAAAAGAUUUAAGGCCAGAAGAGGUCUUAUCAUCUAGUACAACCCUUUCAUUUCCUGCAGAUGAAGAUACUGAGCCAAGAUAGCCCAGGUGAUUGCCCCAUACAACUAGGAAAUGCUAGAUCUAGGACUAAGUUUUCAGAUUUUUUAGUUUAACUACUCUUUACUUAGGUUGAAUUUUUGUAACAACUUUUACCACUUUCAUUUUUUAAACACCCCCUGCAAGGGGACAUCAUCUAAUAUUUAUUUCAACAACCAUUUUUUGGGAGCACCUACUCUGUAAAGAGACAGUUGAGGUUCCUGUUCUUAAGUUUGAAAUCUUGUGGAGAAUCUCAUAACCUACUGUUGAUAAAAAAUAUUAUUGAGAGCAAAACUUUGUUUUCUUUUGUGUAGGAAUUUUAAGUUGGCAAUUUUACCUUAUUUCAUUUCACUCUCAGUUUUAAGUAUAACAGUGUGUAAGAUUUUAUUAGAGAUCGUGAGGUGUAAAUUCUGAUUUAUUUUAUCUCUAGGUAUUCUCAUUUUUUUCUGUGUGUUUCACCAUCAGUACUCUUUACCAGCAGUUGUUUAAUCAAUUUGUAAUAGAGAAGACUCAGUAGGAGAAAAUGUCAAAUCUAAAAAUGAAAGAGGCCGCCCUUAUCUAUCUUGACAGAAGUGGAGGACUCCAAAAGUUUAUAGAUGAUUGCAAGUUCUACAAUGAUUCAAAACAAAGUUAUGCAGUCUAUCGAUUCAGUAUUUUAAUAAAUCCCUCUGAUAUUGUUGAAUUGGAUGCUGAACUUGGAAAUUACAUUUUACACCAGCCACUAAAAGCUGCUCAAGUUUUUCAAUCUGUCUGUUUUAUUGCUGUUAAGACUCUUUCACUAAUUGGACAAUUACAGACUGAAGCUCAAAUUAAUAUAGUGCUGAAGUUAACACAUUUACCUCCUCUGCGAAGUUAUAGUCUUGAUCUUUGUGAAUUUCCACUUGAUUAUGCAUCUCAAAGAUUUUAUAUGAUGCAAGGUAUUGUGAUUGCAAUGACAACUGUAACCAAGUACACACAAGGUGCAAGAUUUCUUUGUUCAGAUGAAGCAUGCCCUCUGUCAAAAGGAUUUGAGUAUAUAAGAGUGCAUGUGCCUGGUGCUACUGAAUCUGCAACAGUAAGAAAUGACUUUUUGUGUAAUCUGUGUUCAUCUUCACUUCAAGAAGACAGAAAAUUUAGAGUACUUGGUGAUAAACAGAUAGUUGAAAUAAUCACAGCAAAGGCACUUCAUGCUUUUAAAGGAUAUUCCAAUAACCAGCCAUUUAGGUUUCAAUCUCUUACAAUUUUUCUAAGGGAUGAAUCUGUGAGUAAAAUGAAUAUAGGAAAUGAGUAUAAAAUUAUUGGAAUUCCAACCUGUGUAAGAACUUCACAAACUGCUGUCUGUAUAGAGGCAAACAGUAUCAUUUCUUGUAAUCCAGAAGUUCCUUCAGGAAUAAGCGACAAUUUUAGGUAUCUCCUCUCUUUGACUUCCAGCUCAUGCUGGAAAUUUACAGCGAUACUUGCCAAUAUCUUUGCAUCACAAAUUGUUCCUCCUGGGACUUACAAUUUGCUCAAGCUAUGUUUGCUGAUGAGUCUAGUACAGACAAGUGACCGUAACAAGGAACUGAAAGAUUGCCUGGAUAUUUUAAUCAUGACAAGUGAUACUCUACUUGUAGACAGGCUUUUGAAUUUUAGUAUAAAACUUGUGCCUCGUGGCAUACGUCAUCCAGUGUCUACUGAAAUUUUUCCUACUCUAUCCAGGAAUAAGUAUGGAACUGGAGCAGUUAGUAUUCAAGCUGGCAGUGCUUUGCUAGCUAAAGGUGGUAUCUGCUUUAUAGGAGACUUGGCUUCACACAAAAAAGAUAAACUAGAACAGCUUCAAUCAGUUGUGGAAAGCAGAAGCAUCACAGUAUACAUCCCAGGAAAGAAGUUUGGGGAUGAUAUUAAUCAACAAAUGACUUUUCCAGUUCAGUGCAGUUUUUGGUCUUUUGUUGAUAUGGAUUCAUCUUCAAGGAGAAAUAUGCAGAAAACCAACACUCUCAUUGGUCGGAUGGAUUGCAGUUUGAUUCCAGCUAAUCUUGUAGAGGCGUUUGGAUUAUUGAUUAACUGCAAUGAAUCAUCUUGUUGCUACCCACUUAUUUCUACUGUGCAACACACUUUAAAGAAAGCCAUCGAUCCUGAAGAGCUCCUUUAUGUAGCUUCUAAGAAGUUCACAACUGAAGAUUUUGAAAAGCUGCUGGCUUUUGCAAAGAAUUUGAAUGUAGAAUUCAGUUUGGAGGCAGAAAGAAUGAUCCAUGGCUAUUAUCUAGCAAGUCGCAGAAUCAGAACAGAUUCUAUAAGUGGAUCAAAACUGUCAGCAUCUGCAUUAAAAUAUUUAGUUUCCCUAGCUGAAGCACAUGCUCGACUGAACUUAAGGAAUAAAGUGCUUAAAGAAGAUGUACUAAUUGCAGCCUUAUUGUUUGAAACAUCUCUCACACUGAAAUAUGGGGCCACUGUAUUUUGUGUUGCUCCAAAUGCAGUAUUUCCAUUUGAAUUGUAUAAUGAAGAAUAUUUGGAGCAAAGGGAUAUCUAUUUGAAUCAAUGCCAACAGCAGCUCCAACAGUUUAUUGCCACAUAUGGACCUGGGACAGCUAUUUUCACUAGUGAUGAAUAGGCAAUCUGAGGAAAAUCAUUUUCUUCACUCAUAUUUAAGCAGUGGAAAGGUGUGAUUCUGAAGUAAUGCUUCAGGUAAUACUAUGUAUGGUAGUACAUUAGAAGGCUAUCUGAAAAAUAUAAAAGGUCUCAUUAUUAAAAAUCUGGUCGGGGGACCUG